AAUCAGAUAUAAUCAAAAUUCUUUCCCAAAAUGGGACGUGCUGAAAAAAUGUGUACGGGAAAGACGGCAUGUUGCUGCCUUGUCUCCAAGGCGACGUCGAUCAGUAAACAUUCGAUAAAGAGUGGCGACAGAUUCGCCUUUCGAGGCGAUGGCACUGGGCGCAAUCCCUUCUUUCGGUUUCUGGCCCACUUCCGGAAGUGCUACAAGGAUAGGCUUUGCCACUUACCCCCGGGCCAGGUAACUCUAAUGGGCAGCAGGGUGUGGAAGUGCAUGACUCUGGCGGAGAAGGAGCCCUUUAUCGCAGCCGCCCGCAUGUUCAGCUACACGUUUCGAUCGCGGAGCAAGAAGGUCAACUGGCUGCUUGCGAAGCUGCGGGAAUCUGCUGUUGAGCUGGAAUGUCAGGGCACGGCGCAGUGGAUGCUGAUAAACGGCAUCAAGACCUGGGAGCAAUGCGUGCUGAAUGAUCUUCUAGACCGUGGAUAACAAUAAAAACAAGGGAGAGUAGAAUUAAUUGCAAUCUUUAAUAAAUGAUCGCUCAAGGUAA